UCCGGGCGAGCGUGCAAUCCGAUAGUACCUCGAGAGAAAAGGUGAAUGGACCGAACCACAGACGUCAUCCCAUUCAGAAACCGCCAUGGCGACCGAAGUUGAGGUUGAUCCCAACGAGGCUCUCAUCACCAGUCGGCCGUGGUUCCAGUGGGCACUUGAAGUUAAGGAGGAAGCCAUCAAGUUGUCCAGAGUUCAGCUCCUUGCUUUACCUCACGAUGAGGACGCUGCGAUAAACAUCAGGGCGCGGUGGAAGGCAAAGGGGGACUGGAAAGACAAUUGGUGGGGCGACUCUCCGGGGUGGAAGUGGAAGCACGAGUCCCCAUCUCCAGAACCCGAGGACCCCAACGAGAUGGACUUCAGUCCGUCCGAGAUCGACGCUCUCGAAUCGAUUCCGCCUCCGACGCCUCUUCCAACUUUGAUCUUUGGACCUCCGUCAAAUGAACCGGACCCUAUCUUUGGGACCGUUCUUCUUGAGCAGCGGAAGCAGCGUUACCCUAACCAGCCUGCAUCGGCACAGCCAAUUGAGGACCCACAAAGGAAUGACAAGAACCGAGGCGAUGAGACAGAAGCCGUAGACGGGCGGGACAGAAGCCAGUCACAGAUAUCGAAUGGUUCCGCAGCUCCUGUGGGUCAACAAUCAGGAACAUCCUCGGCGGUAAGGCGAGAUCAGAGAAAGUCCCUCGAAAGCGUGCGGAGGAAGUCUACCCGUUUCAUGCUAGUUGAGUCUCUACCGCAAGCGCAAAGCCCUCUCCCGACAGCCCCUCAGACGAGAUCACUUCGCAAACGCAAAAGAGACGAGGAGAGCAACAUUCCCACCCACGAGUCUUCGCCACCUCGUCUCAACAUGCGCCCGGAAUCUCGACGACAGAAGCGGCCUCGUACUACACGCUCUGCAGGCCAGUUCCCUCAGCAACCGGCUCGAAACUUGGCACCUAACGGUCCGAUUGUGCACAGCCAAUCGCAGACUAAGGAGAGCCGCAGGUAUACCACUUCUAAGCAGCUGUUGUCUAAGCCGCGGAGAAGUGCACGUAUAGCCCAGCUUCAAAAGGCGAAGGAAAAUCCCGGUCAGAGAACGCGCAGGCGUAAAGAUAACGCGGUUCCAGGGGCGACUGAACCGAACAAACGAUUAAGAUCGAAGCGACCUAACACGCUCGGCCCAGCAGACAGUCGGCACACAAGGAAAGGACAAAACGGUGCGGAAAGACGGACAAGAGCAGGCCGUCGGUCCAGAUUGUCCUAACUUGAAGUAGAAGGAGAUCUCCUUAAGACUGCAGAGGAGCACUUUACGUCGUAUUACGAGCCGUUGAUACCGUGGGUUAAUAGAUUACGGGGGAGGAAGAUAGAAAAGGCUAGAUCCGAGGCUGUAUUCCGAGAUGAAGGAGAUACUCCGGGCAGCACAGACUGACCCGAGGGCAUUAGCGAUGUAGCUUUCCUUUCUUGUUCACGAAGUGGCAGAAGCAGCCUGCUUGCUGGACCGAACGGACGGGAUCAUCGAGAUGGGCCACAUAAUCCCGCCAGUUCGGACACCGGCAGAUGAGUUCAAGACAACAGAUAUAUUGUGGAUAUGGGGGAGAGAAUCGCUCGGGUCUCUCGUCAAGCUAGAG